AUGGAUGGCGUAUGGCGAAACUUCGACGGAGCAAAGAAUGUUGUUAGUUAUCAGGCUCUGAGUCGUGAGGAAAUCACAGAGGUCCUGAAUGUUUUCCCCAAAUCCAUGAGACAAAAUCUUGCAAAGAAGUUGGAAGGAGUUGAUGGACGAGAUGUCAUGGAUAUCGAGCAACUGCUACAUCCUGGGAAGGAUCUCAUGCCAAAAUUUGAUGAAGAAAAUGGGGGCCAAAUCAAGCAAUAA